AUGUGUCGGUAUAAGAAGGAAAACAUUACCUUAGGGGAGAAGUUGGAGACAUUUGUACUCAUUGCUUUGACAGCUGGAAGUCAAGAGAUGAACAGGAAAGAAAACCACGGAAAUUCAAGACAAUUGAAAUAUAAAGAACAGAAGUACAAAAAUGUGCUACGAAAGAAUCAAUCAUCCCAUGUAUCAGUAAAAGAAAUGAAGAAAUAUGAAAUAUUCUCCGCACUCUUGAAAGAAGAGAGAACAGAAGAUUACCCUCAAGGAAAUAUAAUUCAACAACAUAUAGUUGCCCCAGAACCAAUUUCCCAUGAGAAGAAAGAGAAAUCGAAGAGGGAAGAGGAACAAAUUCAUGUUUGUCCAGGAGACAGGAAAGGCCGACACUUUUUGUAUAAUAGAACAGAACCACAGGAUGAUGAGGUGACAAGAUUUCUUACUCAGCUAAGAGAAAAGCUUGGAUGGCCAACUGUAUUAUGGAACCAGAGUCUGAAAUAUAAUUGUCCUGAGGUUUUGGUUCAGAAUGAUCUAAAGGCACCUUUGAAAGAUGAUUGUGUAUUUGUGUAUUGCCUUCCCCGAGUUAGUAAUAAAGGCUUUUGCAAUCCAUAUGAUCUUCGGAUAGUCUCUGCCCAUACAGCUAGGAAAUGCAAAGAAUUUUGGACUGUCUCUGCUUCAUUUAUUUCAAAGGUAAUUACUAAAACAGGCAUCAACAUAGAAGACGUGGAGCUCAUACCUGCUUUAGAAUGGCUAUCAGAGAGACAACAGUACUAUUUCUUACAGCAGUUUAAAGUAUUUUCCAAUUUUCGAAUUAAUAAGGCUUUUGUUACCUGGAAAGUGAAUGUUAGGAGAAUUAAGACAGAGACGAGCAAGAUAUUUUUGUAUAAACAUCUCUUUUUCGCUGAUGAGUUUUUCCAAGACUGUUUACUACAUAUAAAGGGACUUUGUGAAGAUGCAAUGAAUUUCAAUAAUAAUAAAAAACGUAAGGAUAAGCCACCCGUGGUGUGUUUUGUGAAGCUGGAUCGUUCUCAAACAUACUCUCUUGAUGAAUUUUAUGAAGAACAGUUGCAGCAAGGUGUGCGGGCUCUGAAACAACUGGAGGUCAUCAAGGAUAAAUCAAUUUUAAAGAUAAAAAGCACAAUCUUAAAGGUUUCAGAGAAGAAAGACAUAAAAGAAUAUUUUGAGGAAAAGCUGUCCACUCUUGACACAUCACAUUUCAAGCUGCCUAAGCUUCGGCGCUUAUUAGAAACAAACCGGAGGUUUUUGGUCCUGGUUGACUACAUAUUUCAGGAGCUCAUUCGUCAGCUUACGAACAUUGCAGUCACUCAACUUUUGGAAUUAUUCAGUAAUUCUGAUAGAGUGCCUUUCUCAGUGGAAAAAAAGAAUGAAAAUCUCAUCAGAGCAUUGAAAAAUGACUUUUAUUCCUCCACAAUAAAGAUGACAAAUAGUGAAGAACUCUUUGAUUCAAAUUCUGUUCAAGAAUUAGGAGUGAAGGUAGAUACUGAUAUUAACAAGAUUGUGAGUAGCAGUAAAGUAGAGAAGGAUUUGAGAAAGAUGUGUGCACCAGUAUUUGAAGUAAAUCUGUGCUUGAGAAUUCCUGAGAGUGAUUCUUCAGAAAAUGUUGCAGAGAAUGUUGACGGAUUUGACCACUGUAUGAUAUGUGAAGAUGAUGAAAUGUCAGAAGAAGGAGAAAAUGUAGUCAAAAGUUGUUCAAGUGCAGACCUGCUCCUAGAAGCCAAUAAACUUAAAACACUUGAUGCCAGCCUUGAACCUGCUCCUUCAGACACCGAUGUCACAACAGCAUAUGAGAAUAAACACAUGUAUGAAGUUCCGGAAUUUCCUACAAAUCUCUUUAUACAGCCUAACCGAUUGGAGUUUUCAAUAAAAAUUCAAAAUUUGAUAGCUAAUAUUGAAAAUUGUAUAACUUCAAUUACCCCUUUUCACCAAGAUCCUCGCCUGUCUAACUUUACUGACAUAAUUUCAAUUAUGGAAUCACCUAAUGUCAAAAGUACUAUGAACUUAAAGGAGACCAACUGGCCAGAUUCUCAGAUUCUUUUUGAAACAGAUCCUGUCUAUCAAAAUAAAAUUGUGAGUCUCCUGACUAUUAUCGGUAAUUCAAUGGGCCUAGUUAGCAUUUACAGCUUCAAGUUUCUAAAAUUUUGCACCAUGGUAGAGAAGGCCAAAAUCAUGAAUAUGAAAAUAUCAUCUGUUAGACAUUUAAAUUCUACAGAGUUUAAAAUUGUACUGCAUAAAUUCAGAACCUACUUUCGACAUAUCGUAACUAUGGCUAUUGAAAAACGCAUUGGUAUUUUCAACGUUGUUAGUUUGAAUUUUCAGUCAGAAUGCUUACCAUAUGUUGACAAUGUCAUACACACAAGCAGUAACCUCUUAAGAUCUGUUAUUGAGAAAAAGAAUGCAAAUCUCUUGGAAGUUGUGGAAUCAUCAUUACAAAAGCUAGACCGAGAUCCCACCGAAAUAGAAGAAUUUGUGGACCACUUCACUUUCUUGGAGGAAAUGUCCUUAGAAAUAUCUAAAUUAGAAAAAGAGUACUUGACAAUUUCUCAGCUAUAUUCUGUUGUGAAGUAUCACCAAAUUGAUAUUACAGAAGAACAAAAAGCCCUAUCUAAACUUCUUUCUAUGAAGUUUGCCCAACUGAAAACAUCUCUGAAGCUGAGCGCAACAAACAGAUACUCAACAGUCAACAAGUUCAGGAACAACUUGGAAGCGUACAUCACUGGUUUACGGGUGGAUGUGAGUGAUUUAAAAGCUAAAAUAAGAACCCCGGUGCUGCUGUGCGCGCGCACCCGGGCGGCCACGGCCAUGGAGAUGAUCCAGGGCCUCUCGGAGGAGGCCGCGGGUCUGGCCCACAAGGCUCAGCUGUACUCGAGCUACCAGGACCACUUCGAGGACGGCCAGUCGCACAUGCUCUGUCUGAACGUGGAGGAGCUUACCCGCAUCGUGCUCUCGGAGGUGGCGGACAUCGACUGGGACCUGACGCUGAGGAGAAUUCUGUGGGAGUCGCACGAAGAGUGGCUGACGCUCUUCCGGGAGUGGAGGAAAUACUCCCUCCAGAGCAUCGAUGUGGAACUGGUACAGAGAACGGUGUCCAAGUGGCUGCACAUCCUCCUCGUUCUAGAAAAAGGUUUACCUAAAAACGACAUAGUGCCACACCUGAAGCAAUCUGUGACAGAUUUUAAACAAGAGCUGCCAAUCAUCAUAGCUCUGGGGAACCCGUGUCUGAAGCCCCGGCACUGGGAGGCUCUGCAGGAGGUGGUGGGGAGGUCCCUGGAUAAAAACUGCACCGUGGAGAACGUGCUAGCCCUCAAGAUGUUUCAGUAUGAAAGUGAAAUAAAUGAAAUAUCAACCUCAGCAACUAAUGAAGCUGCUCUUGAAAAGAUGCUGUAUAAGAUCAUUGAUCUUUGGAACACAACACCUCUGCAUUUAGUGAUGCACCACUCAGAGACUUACUCAAUCUUGGUAAUCUCAUCUGUGGAAGAUAUUCUAGCUCAGCUAGAAGAAUCUCAAGUCAUUCUUGCAACAAUUAAAGGAUCUCCCUAUCUUGAACCAAUUAAGGAUCUUGUACGUAAAUGGGACAAAAAUUUAAAUCUCUUUUCUUAUACUCUUGGAGAAUGGGUGAAUUGUCAAAGAAGCUGGCUUUACCUUGAACCAAUCUUUCAUUCUGUAGAAAUACAAAGGCAGCUCCCAGCAGAAACAAAGCACUUCUCCAUGGUGAUCUCCAUGUGGAAGGAAUUAAUGUCAAAAGUGCAGAACAAGCUAGAGGCCUUGCGAAUAACCACUUCCGCAGGAGUCCUGGAGGUGCUGCAGAACUGCAAUAUGCAUCUUGAGACUAUAAAGAAAAGUCUGGAGGAUUACCUUGAAGUUAAAAGAAUGAUUUUCCCAAGGUUUUACUUUCUCAGCAAUGCUGAGCUUCUCGAUAUACUGGCUGACAGCAGGAAUCCUGAGUCUGUGCAGCCUCAUCUUGUGAAAUGUUUUGAAAAUAUAAAACAAGUAUUGAUCUGGAAAGAAGAAAUCGGACCCCCUGCUGUAAAAAUGCUCAUAUCUGCAGAAGGAGAGGGUCUUCUGCUGCCCAAGAAAAUCCGCGUAAGAAGUGCUGUGGAACAAUGGCUGUUAAAUGUAGAGAAAAGCAUGUUCGAUGUGGUGAAAAAGUUUGUGAGUCAAGGGGUUGAAGACUGGAUGCAGCAGGAUUUUUCCCUGUGGGCGGUGUCUCAUCCAGGACAGGUGGUGCUCACGGUGGGCCAGAUCAUGUUUCAUAAUGAUUGUAUCAGAAGCUUUGUGAGUUCUAAUCCAAGAGAAGAGUUGGAGAAAGUCCAUGUUGCUGUGAUUUGGCAUCUGAAAGAAGUUGCAGAGCUGAUUGGGUUGAAUACUAGUAAUUCUCGAACAAAAACUGUGCUGGAAGCAUUGCUUACCCACUACGUUCACAGCAGAGAUAUUGUGAUGGAUUUACUACUUAAAAAUAUAUUCAAUGCAGAGGAUUUUGAGUGGUCAAGACAUUUGCAGUAUAAAUGGAAUGAAAAACAAAAGCUGUGUUACAUUAUGCAAGGCAACACCAGUUUUACUUAUGGAUACGAGUACUUGGGGUGUACCCCAAGGCUGGUCAUCACACCCCUCACGGACAGGUGCUGGCUGACAUUCUUGGGAGCACUGAGCCUGAACCUAGGUGGCUGCACUGCUGGCCCUGCUGGAACAGGAAAAACGGAAACUGUUAAAGAUCUGGCUAAGGCCUUAGGUAAACACUGUGUAGUGUUCAGCUGUUUUGAAGACUUGGAUUAUAAGGUACUGGGAAAAUUCUUCUUUGGCUUGGUUCAGUCAGGAGCCUGGUGCUGUUUUGAUGAAUUCAACCUAAUUGAUGUGGAAGUCCUCUCCGUCAUUGCCUCUCAGAUCCUGGAAAUCAAGGCAGCAAAAGACAACUAUUCCAUCAGAUUUGUGCUGGAUGGAAGAGAAAUACGCAUGAACAUGUCCUGUGCAGUGUUUAUCACCAUGAACCCUAGGUAUGGUGGUCGAGUGGAGCUCCCAGACAACCUAAAAUCAUUGUUCCGCCCUAUAAUAAUGAUGACACCUAACUUCCAAAUGAUUACUGAAGUAAUACUAUUUUCAUUUGGCUUCAAGUCUGCAAAAGUACUCUCUGGGAAGGUAGUUCAUCUUUAUGAGUUAGCUAGCAAGCAGCUUUCACAGCAGGAUCAUUAUGAUUUUGGCAUGAGAUCUUUGAAGACAGUUUUAAUAAUGGCAGAAAAGAAGAAGCAGGAAUUUAAACGGGAUAGUUGCAGCAGUCUUUGUGAAGCCGAGGAAACCGUGGUCAUGAUCAAAGCCAUCAGAGAAGGCAGUCUAUCAAAGUUUCCUCCUGAAGACGUCCCACUUUUCGAAAAGAUUAUAGCAGAUAUUUUUCCUGAAGUGAAAGUUUCGAAAGAAAGCCACUCUAGCUUGGAGAAAGCAAUAAGCAUUUCAACGAAACUAUUAGGCUUUCAACACUGGCCACCUCAGAAAGAGAAGAUCAUACAGUUUUAUUUUCAACUACAGGCUUGCAUGGGUGUGAUGUUAGUGGGUCCAACAGGUGGAGGAAAGACAGCAGCCAGAAAAAUUUUAGAAAAAGUAUUAAUAUUAUUACCAAUUAUAGACACCUUAUCAAUCACAGAGAGGCGAUCUACUUCAAAGAUUCCAGGAAGAAAAGGAAAAGUAGAUAUUUGUGUUUUAAAUCCAAAGUGUAUUACUCUUGGUGAGCUAUUUGGACAACUAGAUCCUAACACUAUGGAAUGGACUGAUGGGUUAUUAACAGCAGCAAUUCGAAGUUAUGUGUGUUUGAAUAGUGAAAGCUACUCAAAAAAUGAUGGUGGUCCUGAACUAAAGUCAAAAACCUUAUCAGUUUUCCAACUUGACUCCUCUGAUACAACAGAUACUGAUAAGUUUGUGAAUAAUACAGAGAAAAAUGUUAAAAUUAGAGAAGAUCACAAUCUUGAUUGGAAGUGGGUUGUCUUUGAUGGCCCAGUAGACAUCUUGUGGGUGGAGACCCUGAACUCGGUGUUGGAUGAUACAAGGACACUGUGCCUGGCAAAUAGUGAGAGAAUUGCAUUGACUAACACAGUGCGUCUGAUAUUUGAAGUGGACACUCUCUCCAAAGCCAGUCCUGCUACCAUAAGCCGGUGUGCGAUGGUAUACAUGGACCCUGUUGACCUGGGAUGGGAGCCUUAUGUUCAGACAUGGCUUUCGAAAACUUCUAAUAUUAUGAGUCAAUCAGGAGUGAACUGUCUUGAAUUAUUGAUUAAAAAAAGUGUCCCAGAGGGUCUGCAAUUUAUAAAGAAAUUUCAGAAAUUCCAGCCCUUCCCUGUGCACAGCAUAACAGCCGUUACAACCCUAUGCAGAAUUCUUGAUUCUUUCUUUGAAUUCAUGAGUGCAAAAGGAGGCUUUGGACAAGGUGAUAAGAAUUACAAGAAUGACACUCCAGCUGAGGAGCCAAAAGCUCCCAAAAUCAAAUUCAAGGAUGAGAGGAGAAGCAGCUAUUCCACGGAUGAAAGUACAUGGUUUCUGGAGAAAAAUCCAGAUAAAUUAGCAAUAAUGCUCCAAAAGCUUUUUGUAUUUGCAUUUACCUGGGCCUUUGGAGGAGCUUUAAAACGUGAAGAUGAACAUGAACACGAUGUAAUAUUUCAUUCAACAUUUGGAAAUAAUUCACUUGCAGAAGUAACCUAUAAUUUUGAUAGCCUUGUUCGUGAAAUAUUUGAACACGAUUCACAUAGAGGUAUCAAUCUACCAAUUGGCGACCGGUCUAUCUUUGGAUAUUUUGUCGAUAUACAGCAAUGUGAAUUUGUACCUUGGUCAGAGUUAGUUCCUAGUGCUCAUACACUAAUUCAUAAAGGGACAUCACUGCUGAGUGACCUCCAAGGAGCUGGUGAGAACAUCCUGAUGGAGUACGGAGGGUGGAUUAACCAUACCGCCACCAGGGACACCACCUGCCUCACGUUCCUCAUGAGCCUGCUCCUGAGGAGCUCCAGCCCUGUGCUGCUCAUAGGCGAGUCUGGUGUUGGGAAAACGGCGACCAUUAACCAAAUGCUUGAGAAGUUAGAAGUCCCAGGAGCACUGGAUAUCAAAUAUGGGUCCAUCUUAGGAGAUGUCCUAUUAUAUAAUGAAAUUAAAAAGUCAAGGUUUCUAAAGCAAAAUCUCAGCAUCCUGAUCUCCAAGACUCACAAGAAGGAGGGCGGAAGCCCAGAUGCUACCACUAAGAAGCUCGAAGGUAGCCCUGAUGACAGUUCACUUAAAGGAAUUACAGCAACCACAAUAAACUUCAGCGGCAGUCUCACAGCCACCAAAAUCAAGGAGAUGAUUCUUAAGAAAUUAGUAAGAAGAAAGAAAGAUACCCUCGGAGCCCCUAAGAACAACAAGGUUGUAGUGUUUAUUGAUGACAUGAACACGCCAGCAGCAGACCCAGGCGGGGGGGCACAGCCGCCCCUGGAGCUGAUCAGACAGCUGCUGGACAUGGGAGGGGUUUACGAUACCGAGCAGAACACGUGGAAGACUAUUCAAGAUCUUUCCAUAAUUGCUUCCUGUGUCCCUGCAUUUGGUAGGAGUGACAUUAGUCCACGCCUCCUCAAACACUUCUCCAUGCUGGUGUUGCCUCACCCCCCACAAAAUGCCUUACUUACGAUUUUCCAGGCUCAUUUGGGAAUCUAUUUCUCCAACAAUGGCUUUGUGCCUGACAUUCAGAGAUGUAGGGAACAGAUGGCAUCUUGCUCCCUGGCUGUGUACUACUUUGUGUGUAAGACUAUGUUACCAACGCCAGCAAAAUGCCACUACACGUUCAACCUUCGAGACAUGUUUAAGCUUCUCCUAGGAUUGCUGCAAGCUGACAAGAAUGUCAUCAUCAGCCCAGAGAUGGCCGCAAGGUUCUUCAUUCACGAAGCCACCCGAGUAUUUCAUGAUCGCUUAAUCGAAGCCACUGAAAAAUGCCUCUUCCAUCAGGCUCUUUCAAAGGAACUCGAGAACUAUUUUCAGAUUGAGUGGAAUUACCAAAAGCUAAUGGAUGACUCAACUAUAUUCGUGGACUUCUUGGAUAUCAACAAGCCUCACAGAAAAAAGGCCUAUCAGAAUACCAAUGACUAUGGGAAACUUGCCAGUGUGCUUAAUGAUUUCCAAAUGAAGUUAAGUUCUACGCCUUUGGAGGUCUCUCACCCCACGGUGUUUUUCAAGGAAGCCAUUGAACACAUUGCAAGAGUUACAAGAGUGCUCAGACAGCCAGGGAGCCACAUGCUCCUGAUUGGAAUUGAUGGGUGUGGAAAAGAAAUGUGUGCAACCUUAGCUUGUUACUUGGAAGAGCACAAACUGUGCCAUGUGCCUGCACCUUACCUGGGUGCCUACGUGGAAUUCAAGGAAAUGUUUAAGAAAGUGUUCAUCCAGACGGGGCUGGAAGGGGACCCUACCAUGCUGAUGCUCGCCCCGCUGCACCUAGAGCACGAAUCAUUUUUGGAAGAUUUGAACUAUAUUAUCAAUUUGGGGAAGAUACCUGACUUGUUUGAAAGUGAGGAGCUGGAUUCCAUCACAGUGAGGAUUAGGUGUUAUGUUGAACAGUUUGGCUUUGUAGAUGACAGACGGACUUUACUUUCAUUCUUCCAAAAGAGACUAUUUAAAAACCUGCACAUCUGCCUGGUCAUGAGUCCUGCAGGAUCUCAGUUUCGCCAGACCUGCCGACGGUAUCCGGCCAUGGUUAACUCGUGUACCAUCGACUGGUACCAGAGGUGGCCUGAAGAAGCUCUCCUUCUGGUGGCCAACUCUUACCUAAGGGAGAAAGUGAACUUAAAGCACAGACAGCACUUAAGAGAAAGAUUUGCCCUAACGUGUGUCCAGAUCCACAAAAGUGUAAGAGACUUGAGCACACAAUACCUUGAAGAAACUAAAAGGCACUACUAUAUCACUCCUAGUAGCUAUUUACAGUUCAUGGAAACAUUUGUACAUAUUUUGAGGUCACAAGAAGAGGAGAUGGAAAGAAAGAGGAAGCGUUUCUCUGUGGGUCUGUCUAAGAUCCUGGAAGCAACCUCACUAGUUAAAGAUAUGCAGGAGGAACUCUUGAUUAUUGGCCCUCAAAUAGAGCAAAAAACAAAGGAAACAGAAACCCUAAUGGAAAAACUACAGAAAGAUUCACAAGUAGUUGAAAAAGUUCAGAUGCUUGUUAAACAGGAUGAAGAAAUUAUGUCUGAAGAAGUAAGGAUUGUGGAAGAUUAUGCUCAGAAAACUGCCAAUGAGCUAAGAAGUGUGAUGCCAAUCUUAGAAAAGGCUGUUGAGGCUCUAAAUUCAUUGGAUAAAGCUGAUGUUGCUGAGUUAAGGGUGUACACACGCCCACCCUUCCUCGUACUAACUGUCAUGAAUGCAGUGUGCAUCCUGCUUCAGAAGAAGCCCAACUGGGCCACAGCAAAGCUGCUGCUCUCAGAGACUGGUUUCCUGAGGAGACUGACUAACCUGGACAAGGACAGCAUUCCUGAUAAGGUUUUUCUGAGACUGAAGAAGAUUUUAAGCCUUCCUGAUUUCAACCCAAGCAAGGUCGCCCUGGUCUCCAUGGCUUGCUGCUCCAUAUGCCAGUGGGUCAUAGCUCUGAACCACUACCACGAGGUGCAGAAGGUAGUGGGCCCUAAACAAAUCCAAGUCGCUGAGGCGCAAAAUGUCCUUAGAAUUGCAAGGCAAAGACUGGCUGAAAAACAAAAAGGUGUACAGCUGGUGGAAGAACAUUUGCAGGCUUUGCAGGCAUCCUACAAAGACACUGUCGCUGAACAAGAGCUCUUAGCGAACCGAAGAACACUGGCCACCAGGCGCUUGCAGUGUGCGGCUGUCCUCCUGAGCGUGCUGGGGGAGGAGAAGAUACGAUGGCAGGAAACGAUUGAGCAGAUUGACUGCAAGCUGGAAGGGACUCUGGGGGACACGCUUCUGGCCUCAGCAUGCAUUGUCUACAGCGGGGCCUUGACACCCGAGUUCCGGCAGCUGAUCAUCAGUAAAUGGGAGAGUUUCAGCAUUGAAAACAACAUCUCCAUUUCUUCCAAGUUCUCCUUACCGGACGUGAUGGCACAAAAGAAUGAGGUCCGCCUGUGGCACAGCCAGGGCCUGCCCCUCGGGCAGCACGCGGCCGAGAACGCCGUCCUGAUCCUGCACAGCCUGCGCUGGCCGCUGCUGAUGGACCCGCACCGGCAGGCCGGCGCCUGGAUCCACGCGCUGGAGGGCGAGCGCCUGCAGACACUCUCGGCGCUGGACAGCUCGCACAUGCGCAAUCUGAAACAGGCCAUCAGCACGGGCGGCAGCGUGCUCCUGCAGGACGUGCCCGAGGCGAUGUCGGUCGGCCUGAAGGCCGUGCUGAAGAAGGACGUGUACCAGAGGAGGGGGCAGGACUUCAUCCGCAUGGACGGCUCCGACAUAGAGUACAACAUGAAGUUCAAGCUGUACCUCUCCACAGACAAGGAGAACCCGCACUUCCUGCCGGCCGUGGGGAACCUGGUGACGCUGGUGAACUUCUCGCUGACGUUCCGCAGCCUGCAGGACCAGCUCCUGUCGGCCGUGGUGAGCCACAAGAGCCCGUGGCUGGAGGAGCGGCGCGGCCGGCUGCUGGAGAGCGUGGCGGCCGACGCUGGAGCGCUGGAGGAGCUGGAGGAGCGCACGCUGCGCCUGCUGCGCGAGGCCCAGGGGUGCAUAUUAGAUAAUGAAGAGAUUGUAGAUAUUUUAAAAAAGUGUAAAAUGACAUCAAACGAAAUUUCAAAACGCAUCAAAGCAACGGAAAAGGCGGAGAGUGAACUCAAAGCAGCCCGUGAGCAGUACCUGCCCAUUGCCACGCGGGGAACCCUGCUCUACUUCCUGGUAGCCGACCUCGCCCGGCUCAACUACAUGUACCAGUUCUCCCUGUCCUGGUUUCGGGAGGUGUUUGUUUCUUCGGUAACUUCCAAAAGGGAAGAACAAGAAAUUGAUGUGAAACAGGAGACAGUGCCUCCGGAUCCAGUUCAUGGGAUCACAAGUCUAACAACACUGCCUGACGUGGAACACAGGAACAGUAGCAUAUACAAGCAUAUCAAACACACAAUGGAUGCGUUGACAAGAAACGUGUUUAAGGUUGUUUCUUCCACUUUGUUUAAUCAACAUAAACUCUGCUUCUCCUUCUCACUGUGUACUACGAUCAUGAAAAAUAACGCUGAUGGAAACUGGAUGAGCGAUCUCGGGUCUCUGCCAGAGGAGGAAUGGAACAUCUUUUUAUAUUCUGGCAUAUUGAUAGACAUUAAAAGUAUAUUGCCCACACCUGGACUUGACAGUAAACGUGUUGAGACCUGUAAAACCCAACAUCUUCAGUGGCUGACCCCCUCCAGAUGGAAGCAGUGCCAGUAUGUCAGCCAUCACCUGGGGGCCUUUGCGCUGCUCUGCCGGUCCCUCCUGUCAGAUGCCCCGCAGUGGGAGGCCUUCAGGAAGAGCAGGACGGUGUACUCGCUGCUUAGCAUGCCCUUCUCCUCAAAGGAUGGCUCAUCCCAGGAAAGUACCUCCCCGCCUGCGUCCACAGAGCCGCUCGGCGACGGCGAGGAGCUGCGGGAGCCCUCCCGCUUCCCCUGGGAGGAGCUGACGCCCUUCCAAAGACUCAUCCUGAUAAAGAUUCUUAGGCCCGAACACUUGAAGAAUUCAGUGAGAAGCUUUAUCAGUGACCACAUGGGACCAGAAUAUAUCCCCAGAGCCACAGUGAGUCUGAAGGAAUCCUACGACGACUCCACGUCCCGCAGCCCGCUGCUCCUGAUCCACCCCUCCGGGACAGACCCGGCCGGCAUGCUCCUGAGGUUUGCGCUGGAGUUGAAAGGAACCACGAGCCACGUGACCAUGAUUUCCUUGGGCCGAGGCCAGGCCGCCAAGGCAGAAGAUCUCAUCUCCAAGGCACUGGGCAAGAAGCAGCAGUGGGUCUUCCUGCAGAACUGCCACCUGGCCGCCUCCUUUAUGCCCAGACUCUGCGCGGUAGUGCAAUCAUUUAAUAGGCCAGAGGUGUCAGUAGACCCUGACUUUAGGCUGUGGUUAAGCUCAAAGUCAGUCAGUACAUUCCCAGUUUCUAUUCUUCAAAAAAGUGUGAAGAUCGCCAUGGAGCCUCCUCAGGGACUGAAGAGCCAUUUACUACAGAUGUUCGGGAGCGGUGGAAGUGGAGUGGUGACGGAAGAGACACUUGAAAACCCUGACUGUGGACCAGCGUGGAAAACACUUCUCUUUAGCCUGUGCUUUUUCAAUGCUGUGAUUAAAGAAAGGAGCAACUAUGGAACGCUGGGGUGGAAUAUCCCCUAUAAAUUCAGCUCCUCGGACUUCGAGGUGUCGGUGAAGGUGCUGGACAAGGCCCUGAGCAAGCAGGCCGCCGCCGUGCCCUGGCAGGCCCUGCGCUACAUGAUCGGAGAGGUGACCUACGGCGGCCGGGUGUCGGACGUGUGGGACAGCCGGUGCCUCCACACGCUGCUCUACAAGUUCUGCAAUCCUGAUGUGCUCAAGGCUGGCUAUGAGGUGAGAAGAGAGGCGCCGUGCCCGCCUGUGCCUGGCUCCGGAAGCUUCCAGGACUAUGUGCAGCUUGUCCGGGCCCUGCCUGAGGAGGACAGCCCCGAGGUGCUGGCCAUCCACCCGGAGGCUGCCAGGAGCUGCAGGGAGGCGGAGGCCCAGCGGCUGGUGGACAGCCUGAUGGCCCUGCGGCCCAGGGCAGCCACCCUCACGCUCAUGGUCAGUCCCGGGCAGAGCAACGAGGACCUGGUGCUGGAAAUCGUGGCCAACUUGCUGGCCCAGCUGCCACUGGGAGUGGAGGCGGAGGUCCCUCAGGAGUCCAAGCCCACCACCCUGAGAGGCCUCCUGGCCAGCUCCAUCUGGCAGAAGCUCUACACCAGCAUUCAAGGCCAUGACCCCCUCAUCCACUGCGCCCUGAUAACCUUCCUAAACCAAGAAAUACAAAGGUUUGACAAGUUGCUGCUGGUGGUGCGCCAGUCACUGAAGGACGUCCAGCGUGCGGUGAAGGGAGAGCAGGUGCUCACGCAGGACAUGGAGGAGGCCUACGACUGCUUGCUCAGCAUGAAAGUGCCCACCCUGUGGCAGAAGCAUGCUUACAAAUCCUGCCGGCCACUGAGCUCCUGGGUCAGCGACCUCAUGGAGAGACUGCGCUUCUUCAACACCUGGGCCAAGAUGGCCUCCACCGCCAUCUACCGCAG